GGAGCAAAUCACGGACAACCCACUGACGCUAAGCGAUACUGUCUUUAUGUGAGGACAAUCAAGAACUGUGAUCAUUGGAUCUGUGAAAUAAAAGAAAGCUCGCCAGUUGUAAGUUUUUUUGACAGGUAUUUUUUUACUAAAGAAGGCGGCAACUCAUUGGAUAUCUGUAUGUGCAAGCCCAAGGCAAGCAAUGGAAGCCCAGCCUGGAUUGGCCUGGGUCUUGCUUCUGAGCCUCAUUGCUGAGUGUUUGAAGUUGGUCCACUCUCGGGAAUUCACAGUGAAAGAUAUUAUCUACCUCCAUCCAUCAACGACACCCUAUCCUGGUGGGUUCAAAUGUUUUACAUGCGAAAAUGCAGCAGAUAAUUAUGAGUGCAACCGCUGGGCACCAGACGUCUAUUGUCCAAGAGAAACACAGUACUGUUACACAAGGCACAAAAUGAAUGCAAAUGGUGGCAGUGAAUUGGUUACAAAGCGGUGUGCAUCACUGAAGGAUUGUUUAUCUGUGGGAUGUACACAACCUGAUACUGAAGGAUACAAGAUCUGCACCUCCUGUUGUGAAGGGACAAUCUGUAACUUGCCAUUGCCCAGAAACACCUCCCAAGCAGUAUUUGCAACAUUAUCUCCCAUAAAUCAAACGAGUCGGCAGUCACUUCGCUCUGCAGUGACGCUAAUGUGCAUAAGUGUGCUCUUGUUGCUUUUUGAGUAGCUGGUGCUAUUCGAUGCUUCCCUGUACAGCGUUAUCUAACAUAGUAUUUAUUUUUGUACGAUACAUUUAUACAGUAAAAUGUCUUAUAUGCUGUAAAAAUGGUUAAGAAAUGCUAAACUGUGGAAAAAGUGCAUGCAGUUUAAGAAAUGUAUCUUGGAGUGUAUGAUGACAAAUUUAAAGUCAAUACCCGAUAUUUAUAAGCUGUUUAUCUAUUACUGUGUGUUAUGCAAGCAUGAACAUGGCAAAGCGGAUAGCAGCACGAGCAAAGACCUGGUGUACUCACCCAAGGUGAUUAACUCCAAUGAGAUUUAAAUUCAUCUUAUUAAAAUAAAACUGCCCUGAAGAAAGG